AUGGAUCUCCUGGGUGAUGGGAACCACACGACAGUGACAGAGUUCAUUUUUUUGGGCUUAACAGAUGACCCAGUCCUUCGAGUCAUCCUCUUCCUCAUUAUCAUGUGCAUCUACCUGGUGACUAUGUCUGGAAACCUCAGCACAAUCCUGCUAAUCAGACUCUCUCCUCAGCUCCAUCACCCCAUGUACUUUUUCCUGAGCCACUUGGCUUCAACUGACAUAGGCAUUUCAUCUUCUGUCACACCCAAUAUGCUUGUUAACUUCCUGGUGGAGAGAAAUAACAUCCCCUACCUUGGGUGUGGCAUCCAGCUUGGUUUAGCUGUAUUCUUUGGGACACUUGAAUGCUACCUUCUGGCUGUCAUGGCUUAUGAUCGCUUUGUAGCAAUCUGUAGUCCACUGCUUUAUUCAACUAAAAUGUCUGCGCAAGUAUGUGACCAAUUGCUUGUAGCAGCUUACGUAGGUGGAUUUCUUAAUGCAUUCUCCUAUACGUUUUCCUUCUUCUGUUUAGUCUUCUGCGGACCAAAUAGAAUCAAUCAUUUUUUCUGUGAUUUUACUCCUAUAGUUGAACUCUCCUGUUCUGAUGCCACUGUCUCUAUAGUUCUCACCACUAUUUCUGUUGUCAAUGUCAUUGUGAUUACACUAUUUGUCAUUGCCAACUCCUACAUCUACAUCCUCAUCACCAUCCUGAAGAUGCCCUCCACUGAGGGCCGCCGCAAAGCCUUCUCUACCUGCACCUCCCACCUUACUGCAGUCACUCUCUAUUAUGGAACUGUCACAUUUAUUUAUGCGAUGCCCAAGUCCAGUUAUUCCACUGACCAGAACAAGGUGGUGUCUGUUUUCUACAUGGUGGUGAUCCCCAUGUUGAACCCUCUCAUCUACAGUCUCAGGAAUAAUGAGAUUAAAGGUGCUCUGAAGAGACAACUUGGUAGGAAAAUGUUUUCUUAA